AUGAAAAGCGAGGCUCCUCAAGAUUCCUACCAGCACGUGGUAGUGCAGGGAUUGCCCUAUGAUCGCGGACUCUCUCACGGGCAACAGGCCAAGGGGAAGAUCCUACGCAAUAUAGAUCAUUAUAAACAACCGGGAAAACUAGUCCCAUGGCCAAUUGCGCUGGAAAUAAUUCAAAAAUGCUACAUUCCCGGUCUGUCAAAGUACUGGCCAUCUGGACUAGAGGAGAUGCGAGGUGUCGCAGCCGGAGCGGGAGUUGAACUGGAGGAUAUAAUUUUGCUGAAUGCGCGAUACGAUCUUUCACACAUCAGAGUUCCCUCUACAGCAUCGGAAGAUAGUUGGGAAACCUCCACUUCCAACGGCAUGAAUGAACAUGACCAGGAGGGGAGCGCUGAUUCUCCAUCAGAGUGCACCAGCGCUAUCAUUCUUUCACAAGCCACCUUCAAUAGAGAUGUCUUCACCGCACAGAAUUGGGACAUGUCAGAACGACUACUCACCGAGGAUGGAAUCAUCUACCUGGAGAUCCAUCCUGAUCCCUCGGAGAAAAUGCCAUCCAUGUUCCUGGUCACCGAAGCCGGCCAACUAUGCCGGUCAGGGAUGAACUCCGCGGGGCUCGGAUUAACAGCGAACUCCCUCCAGAGCUCCAUCGACGCCAUCCCCUUUUCUCUCGAGGCCACCUCGAAAGAGGAUAUUCCAGCUAUUCCUCCCUGCGCCGCUCUCCGACGACUGUUCCUUGAAAGCUCGUAUUACGCUGAUGGCCUCAAACGCGUUGCGAGAACCCCACGGCACGUUUCCUGCAAUUUAAUGCUGUCGACCGAUGACAAUAUGGGGAUCUGCCUCGAAGUGACGCCAAAAACGAUCUUUAGUGUGUCAGGGUCGGGAGGCUCUGAUAUUCCCUACAUUCUGCAUAGCAAUCAUUUUCAAACCCCUUCAUUUCUGUACCAGUCAGAGAUUCAGGAUACUCUCGCGGGCGGCAGCUCCUGGUACCGUGGUGAUAGACUGGAGGCCUGUAUUCGGAGACAAGCUCGGACUGGUCUCCUCAAUGACAUCGAUCUGAUCAAUGGAUUUCAAGACCACGCGGGAUAUCCACACAGUCUUUGUGAGCACUCUGUAGGUCAGAAAGUGAAGUUGCCUUCCGGACAAAAGGGCCCAAAUCCUUAUUCCGGUCCCACGUGUACCGUUAGCUGUGUGAUUUAUAAUCUGUCAAAACGGGUAAUCAAGACUGCCGGAUCAAGCCACGAGCAAGCGAGACUGCUGCAAUAUGCCAAAGACUUGGAGAAAAAGGUCGCGGAACUGGAAGCCCGUGUCCGGGGUAGCCCUGUCAACCAGAUGUCGUCGCGUGAGAGCAACGAAUCUCCACAGGGCAACGAAAUAGCCACUGAGCCUUAUUCAUUAACAACGGAAUUAUCGACCGACGUGGCGCUUCUGAGCAUGAAUGCGACGGCGGAGCCGUUCUACAUUGGCGCCACGUCGGGCUUCUCGUUGUCGAAAAUGGUGGAAGGAAUCCUAUCGCAGGGAUCAUUGACUAGCUCGGCUAUCGAACGGGGUGCGCCUCUAUUGAUUCAGGGUAAUCGGGGGGAUCCACAAAGUUGUGAGGCCGAUUCCCUUGAAGAGGAUCCCCAGUUGGAGCUGAAACUGGCGGAGAUCUUCUUCAGUCGCAUUCACCCACGGUAUCCCUUUCUUGAUAAGGCGUCGUUCUACAGCUUCUUGGAAUGGUAUCAAAGUCCGCCUUCACGAGUAGACACCCGAUCGGAGUACGACAAUCUGAGACUCUUCCAGCUGCAUAUGGUAUUUGCCAUCAGUGCCCGACUCCUCCAGCUUCAUCCGGAAAUGGACAGGAAAGUCAGUCCGGAUAUUCAUUAUUCGAAUGCGACUCGAUUCUUGGAUGGGGCCCUCAGGAUAUCUGGAUACCAAAGGGUCCAAUGUUUGCUUCUCUUGGUUCUGUAUGUUCUUCGCACUCCAGGUAGUAUCUCCAACCUGGGAAGUUGGCACAUCGUCGGAAUCGCCAUGCGUUAUGCUGUGGAGUCCGGUAUGCACCGGAAUAUAAGAAGCCACAAUUCCCAGAUCCGGAAUCCCUACAUGGUUGAGUUGAAAAGACGCGUUUUCUGGAGCACGUACAUCCUUGACCGCGCGGUCUCUCUGACACUCGGGAGGCCAUUCGCAUUAUCGGAGAGUGAUAUCGACGUUCCUCUCCCCGUUGACAUUGACGAUGAUAUCACUGAUGCAGAUAUAAUCCUUCAACUUCAGCAAGCACAUCAAAUUCCGUCAUCUACGGGAUAUGAUGUUUCCGAAACAUCUAACCUAUCCUCAUUUGUCCAUCUAUGUAGACUUAGGCGAUUGGAAAGUAGGAUAAAGCAAAAGAUUUACAGCACCGAUAUCCCAUUAAGCACGUCGGACAAUUCUUACGAUGAGACCCUCGACUCGCUACGAAACGAGCUCACGGAGUGGCUAGACAGGGUCCGACGUCAACCGGAACCUGAAUCUGAACCUAAGAGAGACUAUUGCGUAUACGACACCCAGGAAUUCUACCGCAUCCAAUACAGCAAGUCGCUACGUAUGCUUCUCCAACAUAGAAUCAGCCCGACAGCAGCCGCAGCCCACGAGGCCGAGCAAUCCAAAACCGCAGAAUACCUGACAUUAAGCUCCCGGGCGGCAGGCGAUAUCUGCCAGUAUUACAAGACGCUGCACCAGCGACGACCGCUCGGAUGGAAUCUCCUCGCACUUCAUUCCAUUUUCACCGCCGGGCUUACACUACUCUACUGUAUCUGGGCCGACAAGUGCAGUGCCGAUAUGGGCCGCUUCGAGGAUGUCCGAGCGUGCUCGAAUGUUCUCUUUGCCAUUGCGGAGCGAUGGCCGACGGCGAAGCGAUUUCGGGAUAUCUUCGAGGUGCUUGCGCAGAGGAUGGCAGACUUGGUUGCUGCCCAGGUUCAGAAUCACGAAGAGUUGGAUGAUCAGCCGUAUGGCCCGGAGUAUGAGUGUGGUCUGGGUGCUCUUGCGGAGACAAUGGGAUUCGCGGCUUCGCACAACGGGGACUUUUGGGCCAUGCUUGAUGAGCUUGUUGAUGACGAGUAUAUUCGACAUCAGUUCCGGUUGGAUGGACUGGAGAGUCAAUGGGAGGAUUUUUGA